CCGCACCGCUCUGCUCCCGCCCGCUUCGCCGGGCCCCGCUGGCCGCGGAGAUGGGUGACAUGGAGUCCUACAAGGUGAUGCUGAAUGGGCCGGCACCCUGGGGCUUCAGGCUGCAGGGAGGGAAGGAUUUCAGCAUGCCGCUCUCCAUCUCCAGGCUGACUCUGGGUGGGAAGGCGGCCCAGGCUGGCGUGGGAGUGGGUGACUGGGUGCUGUACAUCGACGGGGAGAGCACCAGUGCCAUGACACACAUCGAGGCCCAGAACAGGAUCCGUGCCUGCGGGGACAGGCUCUGCCUCACCUUGAGCAGAGCCCAGAACCAGCUGGGGAAGCCACAGAAGGUGCUGAGCCUUGACAAGCAGCCCCCACAGCUGCUGGAGUCCCCCAGCACCCCUGUGUGUGACCCUGUGAAGCUGAGGAUGUUAGAGGACAUUGACGACUCAAAGCCCCACAGCUGGACCUCCCAGUCCCGUUCUUUCCGCAAACUGUCCCGGCUGGUGGGCACAGACAGCAUGGAGGAUGGUGAGGAUGAACUUGUUAAAAAGUCCAGGGAUGCCCGUGGGUCCAACUGGGGCACGGGGCAACAUCGGCAGCCCCCACAGCUGCUGGAGCCCCCCAGUGACACUGUGUGUGACCCUGUGAAGCUGCGGAUGUUAGAGGACAUUGAUGACUCAAAGCCCCACACCUGGACCUCCCAGUCCCGUUCCUUCCGCAAACUGGCCCGGCUGGUGGGCGCAAACAGCAUGGAUGAUGGUGAGGAAGAGCCCGUUCAAAAGCCCAGGGAUUCCCAUGGGUCCAGCUGGGGUACAGUGGAGCAGCGGCAGCCUCUGGAGCCCCCCAGUACCCCCGGGUGUGAUCCUGGGAAGUUGAGGAUGUUAGAGGACGCUGAGGGCUGGCAGCCCCGCACCGGGACCUCCCAGUCCCGCUCCUUCCGCAAACUGGCCCAGCUGACGGGCACAGAUGGCAUGGAGGAUGGUGAGGAUGAGAUUGUUAAAAAGCCAAGGGAUGCCCAUGGGUCCAGCUGGGGCACGGUGGAGCAGCGACAGCCCCCGCAGCCUCUGGAGCCCCCCAGCACCCCCGGGUGUAACCCUGGGAAGCUGCGACUGAUAGAGGACGCUGAGGACUGGCAGCCCCGCACUGGGACCUCCCAGUCCCGCACCUUCCGCAAACUGGCCCAGCUGACGGGCACAGACAGCAGCAUGGAGGAUCAUGAUGAUGUGUUUGUUAGGAAGCCCAGCCAGGUCUCCGUGCCGGACCCAUCCCCAGGAGCAACGAUGAAGACUGAGCCAGGACUGGCCCCCAGGACCCCCAGUGCCACCCCCAGCCCCACCAGCCGCCCACCCUGGGCUGUGGACCCCUCGUUUGCCGAGCGCUACGCCCCGGACAAGACGAGCACGGUGGUGAGCAAGCACAGCCAGCCGGCCACGCCCACCCCCAUGCAGAACCGCAGCUCCAUCGUGCAGGCAGCCCAGCAAGCCCCCGAGGGGCCUGGCCGCACCCCCCUGUGCUACAAGUGCAACAAGGUCAUCAGGGGACGGUACCUCGUGGCGCUGGGACAUUAUUACCACCCCGAGGAGUUCACCUGCUGCCAGUGCAGGAAGAUGCUGGAUGAGGGCGGCUUCUUUGAGGAGAAAGGCUCCAUCUUCUGCCCCAAGUGCUACGACACGCGCUACGCACCCAGCUGCGCCAAGUGCAAGAAGAAGAUCACUGGGGAGGUGAUGCACGCACUGAAGAUGACCUGGCACGUGCAGUGCUUCACCUGCAAUGCCUGCAAAACUCCCAUCCGCAACCGAGCCUUCUACAUGGAGGAGGGACAGCCCUACUGUGAGAGAGACUAUGAGAAGAUGUUUGGCACCAAGUGCCGCGGCUGUGACUUCAAGAUCGAUGCUGGGGACCGGUUCCUGGAGGCGCUGGGGUUCAGCUGGCACGACACUUGCUUUGUCUGUGCGAUCUGCCAGACCAACCUGGAAGGGAAGACAUUCUAUUCCAAGAAGGACAAGCCGCUGUGCAAGAGCCACGCUUUCUCCCACGUGUGAAGGGUGGGAAUUCAGCUGUGCCCACACAUGCCCCUGGCCCUGCAUGCUCCUCUCCCCUUGCCCUGCUCGCCCCAGGGAGCCAGGCUGGGCCCUUGGCCCUUUCUCUUGCUCCUGCCUCUUUCCCGGCAGCUCCUGGCUCAACUCCAGACAGAUACAGUGAUGGGUGCAGAGCCCCUUAUAGCUGGGUGGCUUCUUAAAUGCUUCUCAGCUGGCCCUAGGAGCCCUGGGAAGGGGAUGCUGCAUGGAUCUCCUGCCCCUGAGCCAUGCAGCAUGGUGAGAACAACCAUGCUGAGGCUGGAAUUGGAGGGGGUCUGCCACAGCCGGGCUGCUCCCUUGCUGCCUGGCAGCUCAGUGCUGGGGCAGGGAUACUCCUUACACAUCCCUGAGUGGGUGAGGACCAGCUCCUGUCUCACUCUUCCCCCACCUUCCCUGCUGUGUGCUUGGGGCUGGAGACCUGGUCCUGCUCCCCUGCUGGGCCCAUGACAAUCCACCAGCCACCCGUCAAACUGCUGCGGUGGCUUCCUGCCCCAGUUGCAUUCCAGGCGUGCCUGUGCCUCAUGCCCCCCACCCUGCUGCUCCCCUGGGGCUGGCAGCACCCCCAGCCCAGCAUGGCCCAGCUGUGGGCUGGCAGCGUGUGCUGAUGGCCAGCCCAGCUAGACAGCUGCUCCUGCAAGGCUUGGGCACAGCUUCCUACCAAAGAGCUCUCUGCCACUGCCAUCCCGGGGCCAUCGAUGCCUCCCCCUAACCCACACCCUCCGGUCGGGCUGCAAUGAUGUAGCCACGGUGCUUUUAGUGCCUUUAAUAAACACAUCUCUGCAAGUGC